CAAACAUCUGAUUGGUUAAAUCCAAACUUUGAUUAUUUAUCUCUGAUUGGUUCAUAUAUGUCUAUUCAACUAGUUUUCGGCCCAUUGAUUAUUGUUAAAAUUAACCAAUAAGAAUGAUUUUAUGUAGGUUGCUAUACAAAUUAACCAUCACUUUAAAAGUUUUUUAAAAAAAUUUAAAAAAAACAGUAUGUUUUACACGUGGCAUUGGAAUAAACAAACCACAUUUUUAUACGUAUUGAAUUAGUGUAGUUAUUCACUUAUUUCAAGAAGAUUAUCACAUUUUGUAUUAUUGAGAAUUUGAUCAGAACCGGAAUAUAAAUCUAACUGUGCUGGUAUCCAGGACUUUCAUCAUCAUUAUCACCAUCAUCAUACAUAUACAUAACCAAUGGCUGAAUUUCGUAAAUGUUUUGAAAACUUAGAUACUGAGAAACGUGGUGUAAUUACAAUUGAAGAUUUAAAAAAUUAUAUGUAUAAAAUGCAUUAUAAAGAAACAUUCUUACAUAAAUGGAUUGAAUUAUUUGAUCCUGAACAUACAGGAUUUAUUACUUAUGAACAAUAUUGUAAAACACUUGGUUUAAUACCACGUAAACGUACAUUUAGUAAAAAUUUAACAGAUUCUACAUUAUUAUCAUCAUCAGUAUCAUCAUCAUCAUCAUUGUCUAUUUCAUCAAAACAAGAUAAUGUCAAUGAAGCAUUCAUUGGUAGUUUUGAUAAAAAUGUAAACGAGACUAAUAUUACUACAAUCAUUCAACAAUCUGAUUCAAAUGAACCAGAUCAAAAAAUUGAACAAACAAUUAUAACAACAGAACAACAUUCAACUAUUCAUAUACAGAUUGACCAAACAAUAAGAAAUACAUGUACUUUAAAACAAUCAGAAGUUGAAAUCAAUGAAACCGAACAGCAACAACAACAACAACAGCAACAAAAACAAAAUGAGUUGCCAAAUCAAUCAAAUAAUCCCAUUCAUCAAAAUAUCAAUAAUGAUAGUACCAAUUUAACAAUGAUAAAUAAUCAAAACAUUAUUACAGUAAAUGAUGAAUAUAUCGAUGAGAAUAUGAUAACAGUGAAGGAAAAUAUUAUUUCACCUAUUAAUAAUGAUAUACUACUUAAAAAUACUGAACAAAUGAUAACUGAUCUAAUUGUUUCUAAUCAAAAUGAGAAUAAAUUCAUUGAAUCAUUAAAACAAAUCGAUAUUGAACUGAAUAAUGAAUUGAAAUCAUCCAUUGAACAAACACAAUUAUCAAUUACAGAUCCAAUAAAAUCAAUGAGUUCAGAUAAGAAAUCAAUUAAAAAAUUUAAAAAUAAACAAAAAAAUUUAUUAUCAUUAGAGAAAACUACAUCUGAAAUCAUUAUGGAUACUAAUCUAUUAUUACCUGUAGAAAGUAUUUCAUUAUAUGAUGAACAUAAUGAAUUCAUAAGUAGUAUCAUUACAUCGGAUAUAAAUAAUUCUGGAAUAAAUAUUACUGAUGUAACAUAUACUACUACUACUACUACAACUACAAGUAAUAUUCAAAAUGAAAUCUCUUCAUUACAAUUCAAUAUCAAUGAUAAUCAAUCAUCUAUAAACAAUGUACUUGAAAUAGAUCCACAAUACAAUAAGGAAUAUAUUGAAAAAUCUAUGAAACAUUUAAAGAAAACCCAAAAAUCAAUAAAUAAAGAAAGAGAAGUGAAAGAACAAUCGGAAAAAAAUAUCCAACCUUUAAAUUCUUCAUUUAUAUCUGAAUCAGCAGAUAGUGAACACAAUGAACCCAAUGAUAUAACAUUAUCUUCCAUAGAGAUAUCGAUCCAUAAAGAAGAUCCUAUUAGUUUACAUGUUUUACAAAAUGAAAAACCAAUAUCUACAUCUAUUCAUCUAUUGAAUGAAUCAAAUCAAUUCACUAAAUGUUGUUUAUCCAAUGAAACUAAUCAAGAAACUGAUUCAGAAUUGGAUCAUGAAAUUAUACAUAAUGAUGAAAUUUCUAAACAAACUAUAGAAAAAUCAGAUAAAAAAUCAAAUAAAAAGAAAGAAACUACAUAUAACCUAUUAGGACAAACUAUAGAUCAGGAAAUAUCAAUAAAUGAUCCUGUACAUUUUGAAUCAAUAGGCUUGACCAAUCAACAAUCAAGUCAAUUUAUUACUGAAAGUUUACCAACAUCAGAAUUGUUAAUUAUUCCCCAGGAGAUUCAAUCUAUAUCAAAAACACCUCAAGGAAUUAAUGAAGAAGCUGACACUAAUGAUAAUAAUAAUAAUGUUGAACUAUUAUCACCAACAGAAUUAAUUAAUGAUGAGAAAAACUUUAAGAAAGGAUCAAAAAAAUCUAGAAAAAAACAUGAAAAGGAACAUUCCGAUAUUGAUAAUACUACAGAACAAGACUCAUGUAUAGUUGUUCAUGAAGUAUUACCUGACGAGAAGAAGAUGAAGAUGAAGAAGAAGAAGGAGGAGAAGAAGAAUACAACAGACUCAAAAAAUGGUCAUUUACACGAGGUAAACAUGUUUGAUAUAGAGAGGACAUCAGAAUCUAUAAAUAAAGAAUAUAUUAAUCCAUCUGUGAUGUCAUUUUCCGAUCCAACAUUCCUUGAAUUAAACAGUACAAAUUCUCAAUCAGAAUGUUGUAUAGAACAAACAUCUAAUAAACAACAUACAAUUAUUCUAGAAACUAACAAUUCAUUUGAACAAGUUUUCAAUGAAUCACAUAUGAUCAUAUCAAAUGAUAAUACAGUUCAUACUGAAAUAACUCAUAUAAGUAGUACAAUUCCAGUAGAUGAUCAUGAUGAAACUUCAAAAUACAUUGAAAAAGUACAAUUCAAUAAUAAUGAUAAUGACACAUUAAUAGGACAAUCAUCUCUAAGAAAAGGAGAUAUAAGUGAAAUGAGUACAGAGUUGAUGUUAUAUGAUACAGAAUUAAACAUUGAACAUCAAGAUACUAACAAAAACUCAUUAAAACAAUCAAAAAAGAAACAAAAGAAAACAAACCAGCCAAUUGAAAAGAAUAUAAAAGUUGUUGAAAGUCAUAAAAAUACUACUAAUACUUCUAUUCCUCAGAGUAUAGCAACAACGAUUGAUAUAAAUCAAACUGUAAACUCUCCUCUAUCCACUGAUAUAAAAAUAACAGAACAAACACAACAACUAACAAUAUCACAGAGUUCCAGUGAUUUGGUUAGUCAACCUUCAGAUGGAUUCAGUAAAAAAUCAUCAACAAAUAAAAAAACUAAGAAAGUUAAAAUACAGUCUAAUGUUUCAGAUGAUAAUUACUUUUCAAAGUCUACGUCUACCAUAUUACCGAAUUCUUUGAUACCGGUUAAUGAAGUACAUAGUACUGAAUAUACUAGUAAUAGUAAUAGUAGUAGUAGUGGUAGAAACACUAAAAAUAAGUUCACAUCAAUAUCAAUUCCAUUUUGUAAAACAAUUUGUAAAGUUUCUCAUGAAGAAUUACAAAAUUCUCUAAGUCAUAGAAAUACAUCUAACUUGAAAGUAAAGAAUAAAAAACUUCAUUUAACAAAAAAUAACAAACUAAAGAAGAAUAAAACAAUCGUCCCUAAUCAACUAGAUGAUAAAUUGAAUAAUAAAUCUGUAAUUAAUGAAAUAACAAUGGAACAAUCAUCACAAACAGUCACUGAAGAAGAAACACAAGAAAACACUAGGAAACGACGUUUUCCUAAGUCUUUCAUAACGCAAGUUGAUCCAAAAUAUAUUCGGUCUGCUCGUUUAGCUGCUAAACGAAGAAGAACUGAUUCAACUAAUAAACCAAAAGAAACAUCAUUAUCAUCAUCUACAGAUAAAAGAAAGACAUCAAUUAAACAGGAAUCUAAGAAAAUAUUGAAAAAAUGGCGUCUACGACCAAGUUUAAGAGAAAAUGGUGUAAUUGUUAUAUUAUUAGCUGGACGACAUCGUGGUAAACGUGUAGUUAGUUUAGGUAGACAAAAAUCAACCGGUCUUUUACUUGUCACUGGACCAUAUUGUUAUAAUGGUUGUCCAUUACGUCGUGUUCAUCCAGAUUAUGUGAUUGCUACUAAAACAAAAAUUGAUUUAAGUAGUUUAUCACUUCCUGAAAGAAUUCACACUAAAAAAUAUUUCACUAGAACUACCAAAUGUAAAAGUUUCAAAACAAAACAUAAUCAUAAUCAUUUUGAUGAGAUUCUUGAACAUGGUAUUAAUACUGAAAGAUCAGCUUAUAAACCAAAUGAUGAAAGGAAAACUGAUCAAAUCUAUAUAGAUAAUGAAGUGAGAAAGGCGAUCAAAUCUCAUACAGAUUCCAAGUUAUUAAUUAGCUAUUUGAAAUCAUUAUUCUCAAUUGGAAAACAUGAUAAACCACAUGAAAUGUUGUUCUAGUAAAAUGUAAACACAUUCAUUCAAUCAUAUAUAUAUAUAUAUAUAACAUUCAGAUAAACAAUAAUACACAUAGAAUUAAACAAACUACACAAAUUGACCUUCCGAAAGCAAACUACUUCCUCUUUACUAUACUACUACUACUACCACUACUACUAAGAACUACAGAUACAACACACAUUAUGAAUGAAGCAUUUCAACAUGCAACUUAAAUGUAAUUCAUCUCUUUUAAUUGCCACUCUUUUGAAUGUACUUUUUCUUGAGUCUUUUCUUUUCUCUGAACAAAAUUCAGAACAAAUAAUAAAUAAUGAUUAACUGUUCAAUGUUUAAAACAAAAUCAUAUUCUUAGGUUGUUUUUGUCUUGUUACCUUUUGAUGUUAUUUUCUUGUUGUAAACUUGUGUCUUUUUGUUUCUUUUUUGUCUUCCUUUAUCUGUGUCUAUUUUUCAAAUGUGUUCAGUUCACGUUUUUUUGUUUCUAAACCAAAAUAAAUCUCAUUUCUGGAUUGAAAUUUAGUACUUUUCAUGAAGUGGAAUGUUCUUGGCCUGUAAAAUUCAUGCAACAUAAUAAUACUACUUAAUACG